ACUUGUUUAUUAAAAUCAUGUGUAACUUGGAUUUCAAAGAUUAAGGCUUUAAUCUUUAUUAAAUUUGCUCUCAAUUGUUGCGUAAAUGCUUUAAAAUUUUAUUUUAAUUUGAAGUUUGGAAGUUAAUUACCAGUUGGCCUGUACAAUUUCUCUGAUGAACUCAAAGUUAUUUCGCCGAUUUAUUCCAUUACAACGCUCAUGUUUUUUUAAAUCUCUUCAUCGUUUUCCCAUCUUUAAUAAUGGACUAGAAAUUUCGUACAAUUACCGCUGCCUUCAUACUAGUCAAAGGUGUUUUGCCGAUAGAAUCAUACCGAAAAAUGCCAAGAGUGGGUCAUCAUUCGAAUGGCUCAAGAGACAGCUGAACGAUCCUUAUGUCAAAAAAGCUCGCUACGAAAAUUACCGUGCUCGAAGUGCCUUUAAAUUAAUCGAAAUUGACGAUAAAUACAAAAUUUUAAAACCUGGUGGAACUAUGAUUGACUGUGGGGCUUCUCCAGGAGCAUGGACUCAAGUAAUGGUCAAACGCUGUUAUCCUCAAGGAGAUCCAAAAAAUAAGAAUGGAACUUUAAUAAUUGCUAUCGAUAUUUCUGGGAUUGCACCUAUUGAAGGCGCUGCAGUGAUACCUAAUACUGAUUUUACGAAUCCACUUAAUCAAGCUAAGAUCAUUACACUUUUACGAGAUCGCAAAGUUGAUACAGUUUGCAGUGAUAUGGCACCUAAAGCAUCAGGACAAGCUGAACUUGAUCAACCUGGAAUAAUCAAACUUUUUCUUUCUGCUCUCCAGUUUUCAAUUCAAGUCUUGAAACCAGAGACAGGAAACUUCCUUGGUAAGCUUUGGGAGGGUAAUCGGACCAAAGAACUUUGUAUGUUAAUGGAAAAUCUAUUCGAAAAUGUCAAUAUUGUUAAGCCACCUUCAAGUAGAUGCGAUUCAUCUGAAUUAUUUAUUUUAGGUACUAAAUUUAAAGGUAUUAAAUAUGGAUAAAUAAAGUUACACUUUAUAAUACAA